CUUCCUUUUUCAGAUAAAGACCUCAUCUCUGUACAGAUGUAGGAUCUGAAUUUGAUCACCCUGUUGCAGGAAAACUAAAACUUGCAGUGUAUUUGAUGUUUUAAAAGGCUUCUGAAGUUUGUCAUUUCCACUUUCCACUUUAAAAUGUUAAUUAUAAUCCACAUAAUUGUUCUGCUUCAGUAAACUGUCUCAAAUUAAGAUCCUACAUCUGUAGCAAAAUACCUGUCUUUCAUGUGUUCUCCUUUGACGAUUUGACAUCUUGUAUUUACUGUUGUUUAGGCUGUUUGAAUGAGUUGUCUAUGAAAGCUACUUCAUCUGUAAGAAAACAGGCGUCUGCACCAGUGACUGGGUCAGUGCUCUAAAAUGAGUCUCUCUGGGGAGAGAGAGGAGGGGGGCCCUGUCUCUAAAAUGCAUCUCUCUGGGGGACAUGACACCAAAGCUAAGAGACCAAUCCAGCAGGAGAGACCAGCCUCCCCUGUUCCCAGCUGUGUGUCCAUGAAGAGUGACGGGUCUAUGGAUCGUCCUAUAUACUUUAGAGAGGGAGACUUUUCUACUGAACAAAGACCAAUCCAGCAGGAGAGACCAGCCUCCCCUGUUCCCAGCUGUGUGUCCAUGAAGAGUGACCGGUCUAUGGAACCCCCUAUAAAGUUUAGAGAGGGAGACUUUUCUACUGAACAAAGAUACCAACAGGAGAGAUCAGAGUCAGAGAUUCUCAGUGGUCAGUCUUCCCAGAGUCAUCAAACAGACCUGGCCUCCAUAUUCAGUUUGCUUGAAGAGAAAAUGAUGACAUUUAUGAAGAACGAGCUGAAGAUGUUCAAGAGGAUUCUUAGUCCAGAACUCCCAGAAGGCUUUGAGAGUCAGAAGCAGGAUAAGGAAGUGGUGGACCCUGAAGAUGAGAAGCAGGAGAGCAGUGCCAGAGAGGGGGCUCUGAAGAUCACACUGCACAUCCUGAGGAAAAUGAACCAGAAGGAGCUUGCUGACACACUGGAGAAAUAUUCAGAUGAGCUUGCUGUGAUUUGCCAACGUGAACUCAAAUCUAAUCUGAAGAAGAAGUUUCAAUGUGUAUUUGAGGGGAUCGCUAAACAAGGAAACCCAACACUUCUCAAUAAGAUCUACACAGAGCUCUACAUCACAGAGGGUGGAACAGGAGAGGUCAAUAAUGAAAUUACAUUUACAUUUAAGUCACAGCUACAUGAGCUGAGACAGAUUGAGACAACAACCAGGAAACAAGCAAGACCAGAGACUCCAAUCAAAUGUAACGACAUCUUCAAACCCUUAACUGGACAAGACAAACCUAUCAGAACUGUGCUGACAAAGGGAGUCGCUGGCAUUGGAAAAACAGUCUCUGUGCAGAAGUUCAUUCUGGACUGGGCUGAAGGAAAAGCAAAUCAGGAUGUCCAAUUUGUAUUUUCAUUCCCUUUUCGGGAGCUGAAUUUGAUGAAAGAGGACCAACACACUUUCAUUGAACUUCUUCAUCACUUCUCAAUGGAAACCAAACAAUCAAGAAUCUCCAUCAACAACAAGUACAAAGUUCUGUUCAUCUUUGAUGGUCUGGAUGAGUGCCGACUGCCCCUAGACUUCCAGAAGAACAAGAUCUGUUGGGACGUCACAGAGUCAACCUCAGUGGAUGUUCUGCUGACAAAUCUCAUCAAGGGAAAUCUGCUUCCCUCUGCUCUCCUCUGGAUAACUACCCGACCUGCAGCAGCCAAUAAGAUCCCUUCAGGGUGUGUUGACCAGGUGACAGAGGUACGAGGGUUCAAUGACCCACAGAAGGAGGAGUACUUCAGGAAGAGAUUCAGUGAUGAGGACCUGGCCAGCAGAAUCAUCUCACACAUAAAGACAUCAAGGAGCCUCCACAUCAUGUGCCACAUUCCAGUCUUCUGUUGGAUUUCUGCAAUAGUCCUUGAACACAUGCUGAAACAUAAGAGAGAAGAGAUGCCCAAGACUCUGACUGAGAUGUACACACACCUUGUGGAGUUUCAUACCAAACAGAAGAAUGAAAAGUAUCUUGGGAAAGAAGAGACAGGUCCACACUGGAAUAAAGAGAGCAUUCUGUCACUGGGAAAACUGGCUUUUCAACAGCUUGUGAAGGGCAAUCUGAUUUUCUAUGAAGAAGACCUGAAAGAGUCUGGCAUUGAUGUCAAUGAAGCCUCAGUGUACUCAGGAUUGUGCACACAGCUCUUUAAAGAGGAAUGUGUGCUGUACCAGGACACGGUGUACUGCUUUGUACAUCUGAGCAUUCAGGAGUUUCUGGCUGCUGUAUAUGUGUUCCUCUCAUUCAUCAACAACAAUGAGAAUCUAAUGGACGAACCUCAAUCAAUGUUGGACAAACUGCAAACAAACGACGAGUCUGCAGUUAUUUUCUACAAGAGUGCUGUGGAUAAAGCCUUACAAAGUGAGACAGGAAACCUGGACCUUUUCCUCCGCUUCCUACUGGGACUCUCACUGGAGUCCAAUCAGAAGCACUUACGAGGUCUACUGACAAAGACAAGAAGCAGCUCACAGAGCCAUGAAGAAACAGUCAAGUACAUCAAGGAGAAGAUCAGGGAGAAUCCCUCUCCAGAGAGGAGCAUCAAUCUGUUCCACUGUCUGAAUGAACUGAAUGACCAUUCUCUAGUGGAGGAGAUCCAAAGCUACCUGAGAUCAGGAAGUCUCUCAAAACCCAACCUGUCACAUGCACAGUGGUCAGCUCUGGUCUUUGUGUUGCUGACUUCAGAAAAGGAGCUGGAUGUGUUUGACCUGAAGAAAUACUCCAGAUCAGAGGAAGGUCUUCUGAGGCUGCUGCCAGUGGUCAAAGCCUCCAGAGCUGUUCUGCUGUCAGGCUGUGGAGUCACAGAGGAAGGCUGUGCUUCUCUGGUCUCAGCUCUGAGGUCAAACCCCUCACACCUGAGAGAGCUGGACCUGAGUAACAAUGACCUGAAGGAUUCAGGAGUGAAGCUGCUCUUUGAUGGACUGGGGAAUCCCCACUGUAAACUGGAGACUCUGAGGCUGUCAGGCUGUGGAGUCACAGAGGAAGGCUGUGCUUCUCUGGUCUCAGCUCUGGAGUCAAACCCCUCACACCUGAGAGAGCUGAAUCUGAGUAACAAUGACCUGAAGGAUUCAGGAGUGAAGCUGCUCUUUGAUGGACUGGGGAAUCCCCACUGUAAACUGGAGACUCUGAGACUCAGUGGCUGUAAACUCAGAAACACAUCCUGUAAAGUGUUGGCCUCAGUUAUCAGUUCAAACCCCUCACACCUGAGAGAGCUGGACCUGAGUAACAACGACCUGAAGGAUUCAGGAGUGGAGCUGCUCUCUGCUGGACUGGGGAAUCCCCACUGUAAACUGGAGACUCUGAGACUCGCUGGCUGUAAACUCACAGACACAUCCUGUAAAGUGUUGGCCUCAGUUCUCAGUUCAAACCCCUCACACCUGAGAGAGCUGGAUCUGAGUAACAACGACCUGAAGGAUUCAGGAGUGGAGCUGCUCUCUGCUGGACUGGGGAAUCCCCACUGUAAACUGGAGACUCUGAGGCUGUCAGGCUGUCUAGUCACAGAGGAAGCCUGUGCUUCUCUGGUCUCAGCUCUGAGGUCAAACCCCUCACACCUGAGAGAGCUGGACCUGAGCUACAAUCACCCAGGAGACUCAGGAGUCAGACUGCUCUCUGCUGGACUGGAGGAUCCACACUGCAGACUGGAGAAACUCAAUGUGGAACAUGGUGGAGAGAACAGAAUGAAACCUGGGCUUAGAAAAUAUGUCUGUGAUCUCACACUGGACCCAAACACAGUAAACAGACACCUCUCUCUGUCUGAGGAGAACAGAAAGGUGACAUGGAGGACAGAGGAGCAGCCGUAUCCUGGUCACCCAGAGAGAUUUGAGGACUGUAGACAGGUGCUGUGUAGAGAGGGUCUGACUGGGCGCUGUUACUGGGAGGUAGAGUGGAGUGGGGGGGCUGUUAUUGGAGUGACAUAUAAAGGAAUCAACAGGAGAGGAGGGGAUAAGAACUGUUUGAUUGGAUACAAUGACAAGUCCUGGAGUCUGUUCUGCUCUGACAACAAUUACAUUGCCUGGCACAAUAAUAAGCUCACUCUCAUAGACGUCCCCUCCUCCAUCUCCCACAGGGUAGGAGUGUAUCUGGACUGGCCAGCCGGCACUCUGUCCUUCUAUAGAGCCUCCUCUGACACACUGACCCACAUGUUCACAUUCACCUCCACAUUCACUGAGCCCCUCUAUCCAGGGUUUAGGGUUUAUUCCUCAGUGUCCCUGAAAUAGACACACACACGCACUGGACACACACGCACUGGACACACACGCACUGGACACACACUAGACACACACUAGACACACACUACACACACACACACACACUGGACACACACUAGACACACACACACUGGACACACACUAGACACACACACACACUGGACACACACUAGACACACACACACACUACACACACACAGACACACUAGACACACACACACUGGACACACACUAGACACACACACACUGGACACACACUAGACACACACACAUUGGACACACACUAGACACACACCCACUCUGGACACACACUAGACACACACACUAGACACACACACACACUACACACACACACACUGGACACACACUAGACACACUCACACACUCCGGACACACACACACUCUGGACACACACACACAAUGGAUACACACACUGGACACACACACACUGAACACACACACACACACUGGACAAACACACAUACACACUGGACACACACACACUGGGGUUUGGGGUUUAUGGUGACUCCUCAGUGUCCCUGAAAUAGACACACACACGCACUGGACACACACACACUGGACACACACGCACUGGACACACACGCACUGGACACACACUAGACAUACACUAGACACACACUAGACACACACACACACACUGGACACACACUAGACACACACACACUGGACACACACUAGACACACACACACUGGACACACACUAGACACACACACACACUGGACACACACUAGACACACACACACACUACACACACACAGACACACUAGACACACACACACUGGACACACACUAGACACACACACAUUGGACACACACUAGACACACACACAUUGGACACACACUAGACACACACCCACUCUGGACACACACUAGACACACACACACUCUGGACACACACUAGACACACACACACACACACACUACACACACACACACUGGACACACACUAGACACACUCACACACUCUGGACACACACACACUCUGGACACACACACACGAUGGAUACACACACUGGACACACACACACUGAACACAUACACACACACUGGACAAACACACAUACACACUGGACACACACACACUGGACACACAAACACACACACACACUGAACACACACACACACACACACUGAACAAACACACAAACACUGGAGAAACGCACAUACGCACGCGCACACACACACACUGGACAAACAAACACAUACACACACACACACACACACUGGACUCACACACA